CUCUCUCUCUGUGUGGCAGUGAGUCUUGGUGCUCAUGGGAGGUAUGCUCAAAAGUUGCUGACUGAUUUGUUCGCUAACUACACCAACGCUCUGAGACCAGUGGAGGACACAGACCACAUCAUCAAUGUCACACUGCAGAUCACCCUCUCACAGAUAAUCGACAUGGAUGAGCGUAACCAGAUCCUGACCACGUACCUGUGGAUCCGGCAGGUGUGGACGGACGCCUACCUCACUUGGAAGAAGGAGGACUACGAUGGUCUUGAUACCAUCCGUAUACCUAGUAGUUAUGUAUGGAGGCCUGAUAUUGUCCUAUAUAACAAUGCUGAUGACCAGUUCGCCAGCUCCAUGGAGACCAAUGUGGUGAUCCGUAACGAUGGACAGAUCAUGUGGGACCAGCCGGCCAUCACUAAGAGCUCGUGCUCAGUGGAUGUGUCGUUCUUCCCGUUCGAUGCCCAGCAGUGUCGCCUAACCUUCGGCUCCUGGACACACAAUGGCAACCAGAUGGACCUGGUCAACGCCCUGGACAGUGCUGACCUGGCCGACUUCGUGGCCAAUGUAGAGUGGGAGGUUCUGGGCAUGCCAGCCAAGAAGAACGUGAUCCUGUACGGCUGCUGCUCAGACCCCUACCCAGACAUCACCUACACCCUGCACCUGAAACGCAGAGCCUCCUUCUACAUCUUUAACCUGCUCAUCCCCUGUAUGAUGAUCUCCUUCCUGGCCCCGCUGGGCUUCUACCUGCCAGCUGACUCUGGGGAGAAAGUGUCCCUGGGGGUCACCGUGCUGCUGGCACUGACCGUGUUCCAGCUGCUAGUGGCAGAGAGCAUGCCACCUUCGGAGAACGUACCACUCAUAGGCAAGUACUACAUUGCUACCAUGACGAUGAUCACUGCGUCGACCGCCCUGACCAUCUUCAUCAUGAACAUCCAUCACUGUGGUCCGGAGGCGCGUCCCGUCCCUGAGUGGGCCCGCCGCUUCAUCCUGCACUACCUGGCACGGAUCUGCUUUGUCUAUGAGUUGGGAGAGAACUGCUUCACCGGCAUCCCCAAGAAACGGGCCCCGCCCGAGCUCCCACCUGACCACAACAUCAACCCCCAAACCAGAAGUACCAACUGGGAUGUGAAUGGGGAGUCCUUGGGAGGGAGGGGUGGAGAGGAAGGGGUUGGGGUGGGUGUAAAAACACAGAAAGAGGAAGAGGAGGGGGAUAGACUGGAUGUGAAAAGAGGCUCAUACCAAACGUUUGAGCCCAGUUGGUGGAAAGACAACCUGUUUGUGAGUAUAGAUGCUGGAGAGGAGGAGGAGGGAGCAGCAGGAGGUGAGAAAGAAGGAGGAGAGGCAGAAAGAGAGAAGGGUUUCAGAGGAGAAAGUGGGUACAUGGGAGGAGCAGUGGCGGCAGAAAGAGGCAAAGGUGGAGGAGGAGAUAGAGGCUGUGUGGGAGGAGGUGUAGAAAGAAGGAAAGGAUCGUUAGGAGGCACAGAGGCUAGGGUUAGGAGAGAGGUGGUGGUGAGGGCCCAGUGUGUGUGUCAGCACCAAGCGCUAUGCAGGAACAUAGAGUACAUCGCCAGCUGCUACCACGACCAGCGCUCUACCCAGAGACGUACGGGUGAGUGGAGGAAAGUGGCCAAGGUUAUGGACAGACUCUUCAUGUGGCUCUUCUUCAUCAUGGUCUUCCUCAUGAGCCUCCUCAUCAUGGGCAAGGCUGUCUGAGCACGUGCAGAGAGAAAAGGGAGAAGGCUCCGGGUACAAGUUACCCUUAGGCACAGAUCUAGGAUCAGAUCAUACCCUUCCCAAAUACUGACCUUAACCAUUAAGGGGGAUCCUAAAAAGACCUUAGCUCAGUUUCUAAUGGCAACUUUAUCCUACUCCGAGGGGCAGUAGCGGCCAACUAAACCAUUCACAAGUUUACCACAGGAGAUACUGUGUAUGUGGAAAUGUGUUUUUGUACCUAGUAUACUAGCUGUUUAUGUUCCAAGGCUGUGAUGAAGAGGAUUAAUUGGAGGAUAAUCUCUUGAUACAGUGGUGGGGAACUUGGCAGUUUCUCUGUAUCGCCACCAUACAUAUGUUUUCUACGUGGAUCUAAAGUAUUUGUAGAGGAGACAGGAACACACUUAAUCUGUGGAAUGGAGCCAAAGCAAAUCUUCUGCCACCCUGAGACUGUUAUCAACACACACACAUGCAAACAAUCAAUCAAUUAAAUGUAUAUAUAAAGCCCUGUUUACAUCAGCAUUUGUCACAAAGUGGUCAUACAGAAACCCAGCCUGAGACCCCAAAGGGCAAGCAAUGCAGAUGUAGAAGCACGGUGUCUAGGUAAAACUACCUAGAAAGGCAAGAACCUAGGAAGAAACCGAGGUACAGUCCUCUUCCUCACACACACACACACACACACACACACACACACACACACACACACACACACACACACACACACACACACACACACACACACACACACACACACA